UCGUUAUUCAUGCAUUUAUAUAUUAACCAGUACCGUUAAGAAAUUUUAUAACCAAAAGCAAGUUCAAUAAAGCAACUCCAAGCUGUUAUAUGCUUGCAGAACUCCAGUUGGAUAGCAACAAAAAUCAAAGUUUUAAUGCAACUUUGCGUUUUCCGCUAUUUAUUAUUUUCCUUUUUGUUUGUUCAACUCAAACAAGUUUAGUGUGCAGUUAGCAAAUAGAAGUGACCAUCAAUUGAUUUUGAAAUCCUCGACUUCCAAUAUAAUAUAAAUUGUUAUGGUAAGCAGUUCCGAAAGCAGUUACAGCAGCGAUUCUAUUGAUUCAACUGGUGACGAAGGAUAUCACUCACAUCAACAUAUAAGAGCUGGUAUGAGAGGAAAUAACAAUUCACUGAUCCCCUACAGGUCAAAUGCUUCUCCUGGCUACUGGCUUUGUAUUUUGCUACCGAUGGCUUUUGCCACACGUUAUAUGCGUGCAACAUCAUGCGCUCCGUCACUGACCUACGACAUGCUGUCAAUUGCAGCUGCUGGCAUGGGCAUUGAGUCCAUCUGCUUUUUUAUGUAUAUGUUCUUGAACAUUGGUUUGCUUCCAAAGCUUUUGAUCUCAUUUAUACCAGGCAUACUGACCAGUUGCCUCUACAAAGUCGUUUUAGCGCAAGGUUGGCCUUUUGGUGUAUUUUGGGGAUUUGGUGUAACAUUUUGUUAUCAGAAUGUUUAUAUACACAUUAUGCGCGGUUUUCCACGUUGCUUUUCAUUUGGAGAAGCAACAAUUAUCGUACAAGGCCUAAUGCUUUUCAUUUUGAAUUCAAUUUUGCAUAUAAUGUUUCCGGUACCGAUCAGUGGAGAAUUUAAUCAACUUAAUGCCAUUAUGAUGCAUGCCCUGUUCUUUCUCCUGAUAAGUUGCUUAAUCCUAUGCAAAUUUAGGCGUUUCCGGAAACCAGUCUCUUUUUAUAUUCUUUUAUUGGCACUAGUAAUAACUGUGACAUGCUCUCCAAUGACUAAGCCAAUACCAAUAUUUGUCGUAUGGAACUUCAUAAUGAAUGAUCCAAAUCGACUUUAUAUAAUUUUAUUCUACAUAAUACUUGUGGGACUUACUAUUAUCACUGUACGUUGGCAAUUGCGAAACACAGAGAAAGCUUCUACUAGUGUACGCAAAAUAUUUCAUUUACUAAUUUUGUUGGUUUUCGUACCUGGAUUAUUACACCAAUGUGCAUUUCUAUAUAUUGCUUCUGGAGUAGCUCUAGCUGUAUUUACAAUUCUGGAACUAAUGCGUAUUUUGGAAAUUCCACCACUGGGAAAUUCACUGAAAAAAGCUUUUGCAUCAUUCUCAGAUGAGAAAGAUUCUGGUAUACUUGCGCUAACUCCAUUUUCUUUAUUAAUUGGCUGUGCUUUACCAAUUUGGAUACAUCCCUGUCCCUGCGGUAGCAAUCCAGCGAUGGCUAAUACUGGCCUACCACUUCUACAACUCAUGUCAGGUUUAUUAGCAACUGGAGUAGGCGAUGCUGCUGCAAGUGUAAUCGGCUCAAAAUUCGGCAGAUCGAAAUGGCAUCACAAUUCACGGUCUUUUGAAGGCACAUUUGCGUUUAUUGUGUCGAUUAUGCUAUCAAUUAUUGCUUUAUAUUACGCCGACUACAUUCCAAUGACACAUCCCAAAUGGUUUAUUUCUAUAACAGCAACCAUUAUUACUGCACUAGUAGAGGCGCAUACUGAUCAGAUUGAUAACUUGGUUUUACCUUUAGUGUUCUAUACACUCAUUAGCCUUGGGCCAGAAAAUUAAAUUUACUGCAUAUGCAAAAAGGAAGGAGAGAGAAAAAUUUAGUCUUAAUACAAGUU